UUUCUUUCACAGUCUUCAGUGUUAGGCAUAUCACAGUAUUUAUUUGUUGUUAAACUUAAUGUUUUUGACUAGAAAAUAUGUGCAAUCUUUUUAAGAAUUGAACGCGCGCGAAAUGAAUUCUUGUCUAACUGUCUAACAUGAGUUUGGGAGACCUGGCAUGUUGCUUAAUAGACGGCUUUAUUUUUAUUAAAUUGCAACAGCCCCCGAGGACAAACAGAUAAAGAAAACGAGAGAAUGAAAGGAAAUGGCUUGGUAAACUUGUAAAUUUGCGAAAAUGAUAAGGAGAAGAGCGUUAAAAGAAUUGCAUGCUAAACUGCAAAAACGUAACUGUAAACGAUCUAAACUUGGGUGGUUCGGUGGUGUUGGACUCUUGCUUGCGGCACCGGCAGCUGCUAAAUGGAACCCCAACUGGUGGCGUAGACGCACCAAGCUGGAGCGCAGCCUGCUCAUACUGAGCAGCAUACUGUUCCUUGUUGCCGCCGCUGGCUUUGGUCUCUACGCCUACGAUGCAGUGAAGGCCAGCAGCCAUGGCAGCAUGGACAUGCCGCCAGCGGCGCCAGAGGCUACGGCCUUGCAUGGCGACAGCACCACGAUGAACAAGGUGCCCAGCGCCAGCAAACCCAGUGCGGAGAGCGUGUGCCUGACCAAGGAGUGCAUACACACCGCCUCCACUGUGCUCAGCAAGAUUAACUCCGAGGUGGAGCCCUGCGACAACUUUUACGAAUUCGCCUGCGGCAGCUACGUGGAGCAGGAGAACAUACCCGACGACAAGGUGUCCAUUAGCACGUUCUCUGUCAUCUCUGACAAGCUGCAGGAGCAGUUGAAGGACAUCAUCACCGCCGACCGACCAGACACAGAGCCCAAGCACUUCCAGCUGCCCAACUUGCUCUACAGAGCCUGCAUGAACAAGACGCUCAUUGAGACCUUGGGCCCGGAGCCGAUUACCAAGAUAGCCAAAAGCUUGGGCGGCUGGCCGUUGCUGGUGGGCGACAGCUGGAACGCAGACAAUACUUGGAGCUGGCAGGAGCAGGUCAAGAAGUUCCGUGGCGCUGGCUUCAGCAUGGACUACAUCAUUGAUUUCUCCAUUGGCGUCGAUCUGCAGAACAGCACCAAGCGCAUCAUAGACCUGGAUCAAUCCUCUUUGGCACUGAGUCGCGAGUAUCUGGUCAAAGGCUUCAAUGAGACGUUGGUCAGUGCUUACUACGACUAUAUGGUGGACAUAGCGGUGCUGUUUGGUGCCGAGAAGCAGCAGGCCAAGGAGCAGCUGCUCGCCUCGCUCGAGUUUGAAAUGGCGCUGGCCAAUAUCUCUUGGCCCAAUGAGAAGCGUCGCAACUCCUCGGAGUUGUUCCAUCUGCGCACGCCACAGCAGCUGCAAGCGGCGUAUCCUUAUGUGCAGUGGGUGGACUAUAUGAAUGCGCUGUUGCCCGAGGGGCUGAACAUGAAGGAUGAUGAGGUCAUCAAUCUAACAGUGCCGUCGUUCUUCGAGGAGCUGGGCAAGCUGCUGGCCAAAACACCCAAUCGCGUGAUUGCCAACUAUAUGAUGUGGCGCAUCCAUGCCUUCUCCAUUGGCUUCCUCAGCGAGGAGUUCCGCAAGCGGCAGCUGCAAUAUGCCACCGCCUUGUCUGGCCGUCAGGAGCAGGAGGCGCGCUGGAAGGAGUGCGUCGAUAUCGCCGCCGGCAGUGACUAUGAUGCUAUCGAGGAUGGUUCUUCUAGGUAUUGGUGUUGGAUGAAAAGCCUUGGCAUAUCCGUGGGAUCGCUCUAUGUGCGCAAGCACUUUAACCAGGAGUCAAAGUCGCAAGCCUUGGAUAUGGUUUCGGAUAUACGCGGUGUGUUCAACGAUAUACUCAAUGAGGUCAACUGGAUGGAUGAUAAGACCAAGAAGGAGGCCAAGGAGAAGCUGCACAAGAUGGCCACGCACAUUGGCUACCCCGAUGAGAUGCUGGACAAUGAGAAGCUAGCCAAAUACUACGAAAAACUCAAUAUUAAUCCCGACAAAUACUUUGAGUCCUUCUUGGGCAUGAACAUCUUUGGCACUGACUAUUCGUUCAACAAACUGCGUCUGCCCGUCAACAAAACAGACUGGAUUCGUCAUGCACGUCCAGCUAUAGUGAACGCCUUCUACUCCUCGCUGGAGAACAGCAUACAAUUCCCCGCUGGCAUAUUGCAAGGUCACUUCUUCAAUGCCCAACGACCAAAGUAUAUGAAUUAUGGCGCUAUUGGUUACGUCAUUGGUCACGAGAUUACGCAUGGCUUUGAUGAUCAGGGUCGUCAGUUUGAUGUGAAGGGCAAUCUGCGUGAUUGGUGGGCACCGGACACCCAAAAGGCCUAUCUGGCCAAGGCCCAAUGCAUUAUUGAUCAAUAUGGCAACUACACGGAGCGCACUACGGGUCUUAAUCUGAACGGCAUCAAUACUCAAGGUGAGAAUAUUGCCGAUAAUGGCGGUGUCAAGGAGGCCUAUAUCGCCUAUCAACGCUGGAUUGAGAAGCACGGUGCAGAGCCCAAGCUGCCUGGUCUGGACUACACACCUCAGCAGAUGUUCUGGAUAUCGGCUGGCCAAACCUGGUGCGCCAAAUAUCGCAAAGAAUCUCUGAAGAUGAGAAUUACCACUGGCGUGCACUCACCAUCGGAGUUCCGUGUGCUGGGCCCAUUCAGCAAUGUCAAGGACUUUGCAAAGGACUUCCAGUGCCCAGAGGGCUCGUUCAUGAAUCCUGUGCAAAAGUGUGAAGUCUGGUAGAGUUGUUUAUUAGUGGAAAUCGCUUAUAGUAGUAUUUCCGUAUAAAAUAUUUGAGUGUUUUUAGAAAACAGUAAAAAACAAGUAGGCCUGUAUUACACAUGGCGAUUCUCUCACGUAGAAAUACCAUAUUAUGUACUAUUCCUAGUGUAUUUAUGCGAACAGUGCAUAAUCUAAGGAAAUUAUUUAAUAAAAUUUGUUUUUAU